AUGGAAGCUCCGGCGUUACCAAUCAUCACGUACGAAAAGCCUAGGCACCUUGAUGCAGAAAUUGUGCAGACAAACAAAUAUCGCGGAAAGCCCAGCCCUGAAAUUGAUGCAGCAUGGUUGGAGAUCGGUCUCGGAACGCCCGCAAUCAGGCUCUACGACGAUGACCUAAAGCGAUUGAAUAAGUCGGACACGCCUGACAGGCCUCUCCAUAGAAUACCCGAGGAGUUUGGUGGUGGAUACUUGGCUAUGCUUGAAGUGUUCCAUCUAUUGCACUGCUUGAAUUCGUUGAGGAAGGCAAUGGACAAGGAAUAUUAUGCCGAAGAACGGGCAAUGCAUGGUGAACAUUGCAUUGAUAUGCUUCGGGUAUAUAUCAAGUGCACGAGUGAUGUGACGCCCAUCACGUUCUUCGACAACGUCUUGCUGCCAUCGAGGAAACUUCCUAUGCCAGACUUCAAUACCUUGCACACAUGUCGCAACUUUGACGAGAUAUGGGAGUGGAAUGGAAAUAACGACCGAACACUGCAGUGGGACGGGAUUGGCCUUGAUCUUGGAGAGUUGAUGCAUUUUGAUUGA